CACGCAACAUGCCAUGUCAGAGGAUUCUAUGGACAUCGAUCUACGGCCAGAAGUAGAAGAAAUUGAACCCGAGGGCCCGAAACCCAUACAUAGGCUUACAAAAGAUGUCAUCAACCAGAUCGCUGCUGCCGAGAUUAUUCAUCGACCGUCAAAUGCUAUCAAGGAGCUCCUUGAAAACUCUCUAGAUGCAGGCUCUACAUCUAUCAAGAUUUCAGUCAAGGAUGGAGGUCUGAAGCUCUUGCAAAUCACCGAUAACGGUCAUGGCAUCAACAAAGAUGACUUGCCCCUUCUUUGCGAGCGCUACGCGACUUCAAAGCUGCAAAAGUUUGAGGAUCUCCAGUCGUUAGGGACAUAUGGCUUUAGAGGCGAAGCUCUUGCAAGUAUAAGUUACUGCAGUCACGUCGAAGUUGUUACGAAGACCAAAAACGAGGGGUGUGGCUGGAAAGCUCACUAUCAAGAUGGCAGCUUGAUCCCAGCAAAGCCUGGAGGUACCGCAGACCCGAAGCCAGCGGCUGCCAAUGACGGAACGGUCAUCACGGCUGCAGACCUCUUUUACAACAUGCCACUUCGUAAGCGGGCAUUCAAGUCAACCUCAGACGAAUAUAACCGUAUUAUCGACGUGGUCACCAAAUAUGCCAUUCAUAAUCCUCACGUUGCGUGGGUAUGCAAAAAGGCCGGCACUGCUUUACCUGAUGUUGCCACCCAGGUCGGUUCGAAUACCAAGGCGAAUAUCGCGGCACUCUACACAUCCGCACUGGCCAAUGAGUUGCUAGAAAUACCAGAGUCUGAACUGCAGCCUGCUAGGCUAGGUGCAAAGCUAAAAGGCUGGGUGAGUAAUGCGAAUAGUAGCUGGUCGAAGAAGGGGGGGUGGUUACUUUUCAUUAAUAAUAGGCUAGUCGAUUCGAACAAGUUGAAGAAAGCUGUAGAAGGCCACUACACCUCGUACCUCCCAAAAGGUGCUUCGCCCUGGGCAUAUCUCAGUCUGCAAAUUGACCCCGCAAAAAUUGACGUGAAUGUACAUCCCACAAAGUCAGAGGUCCGUUUUCUCAAUGAAGAUGAAAUUGUCGACGCUGUCGUGCAAGCCGUUCAAACCGCUCUAGAAGGUGCCAACCUCUCGCGUUCUUUCACCGUUCAAACUCUGCUUCCUGGUGCCCCUACACCUUUAGGAAAACGUGAAAGUUCAAAUUCCACUAUAGCAUCUGCAUCAUUCUCUACCCGCAAAGCAGCUCCAAACUAUAAAGUCCGCAUGGACCCGUCCAACCGUACCCUCGACUCCAUGUUCACUGUCAUUGACCCCUCCCAACUCUCCGGUUUUGUCGAAGACGGAGAAUUGCAGGAACAAGAACGACCUUCCAAAAGGAGGAAUGUUGAUCCAGAAUUUCAAGGUGAUGAGUCCAUAGUACUGGACGAUGAUAACGACGACGAGGGACAAGCAGAAGAAGGGGAAAGAGAACAAGUUUUCGCGGAUGAAGGGGAAAGUGCGAAAGGGAAAGCGAAGGAGAUUGAGGAGAGCGUAUGUCAUUUUACAAGUAUCCAAUCUUUGAGAAGGGCAGUCAAGAGGGAUGGAAAUGCUGAGCUUCACGAGAUCUUUCAACGGCAUGCUUUCGUCGGAGUUGUCGAUCGAUAUCAAUGCCUUUCGCUUAUCCAGCAUAGCACGAAGCUAUUCCUUGUCAACCAUGGCUCAUUGGGUGAUGAACAUUUUUAUCAACUUGGUCUUCGGCAGUUCGGCGCAUUUAACCGUAUACGCCUUGAUCCUGCCCCACAGUUGAAGGAGCUUUUGACGUUAGCGGCAGAGGACGAGCCUGGGCUGCUUGAAGCAGGGUUGGAGGUAGAAAGUGUUGUGGAUUAUAUCGCAAGCUUGUUAAGAGACCGUCAGGAAAUGCUGGACGAAUAUUUUUCCCUUCUCAUUACUGAAGACGGAAAAGUGGAGACCCUCCCUAUGUUGUUGAAAGGAUAUACUCCGAAUUUGGAUCGGUUGCCUCACUUCUUACUAUGCCUUGGAACACAAGUGGACUGGGAUAAUGAAAAGGAAUGUUUCCAAACUUUCCUUCGCGAACUCGCAUUCUUCUAUUCCCCUCGGCCUUUUGAAGACCAACCCCCUCCACCGCACACUAAAGAUGAAAACAUGACCGGAGACGAGUUAGAGGGUGUAGAGCCCACCCCGGAAGAGAUUCAGCAUCAGCUCUGGCAGCUCGAGCACGUCUUGUUCCCCAGCUUUAGACGGCACACAGUAUGGCCAAAGAGCUGUAUGACGCAUGUCAAUCAACUGGCCGAUUUGCCGGACUUGUUUAGGAUCUUUGAAAGAUGUUAAAGGGGUUUGUCGCGCCCGGUACUUUAUAAAAGGCUAUGUGGGAGCUUCUUGUGCAAUUUGACAAGUAUAAUUGCCAUGCAUUCAAUGUUUA